UGUUUGUGUAGUCGCUCCUUGAAGUGUGCAAUGCUGCCGUAGUGAACAACGCAUUCCAGUUUCUGCUGUUGCUAACAACAUCACACUACCAUAGCAAAAUCUUCCCACUGUACCAGUUUUCUGAAAAAGUACUCACCGUAUCUGCUGGAUCCCUGCCCAGGGAUGAAAUACAUAGAAGAUUACAUGAGUGUAUAUCUUUUUGUUGUGGUACAGCACAAGUCGCCGGUGCCUGUAUGUAAUUACUUAUUGAUCAACUAAUACAAGCAUUACAGAAAAAGCCUCUGCGUGACCACCGUUUUUAUUCAAGGUGGUGAAAAUAUGAGAUCUCAUAUUAUAAUUGUGCUUCUGAUUACUGGAAUAAGAAGAGUUGCUUUGGCCUCUUUAAAUAUCUCUGACGCUAAACCGAACUGCCCCCUUGGACAUUUCCCAUGCGGCAACCUCACAAAAUGUCUACCACAGCCUCUUCACUGCAAUGGUGUGGAUGACUGUGGUAACCAAGAGGAUGAAGAGAACUGUGGAGAUAAUAAUGGAUGGCCCCAUCUGUUCGAUAAAUAUUUUGGAAUUUUCACUUAUGAUUCUGGAACCGUAUCCAAGAAGUGCUUGCUUGGGCAUCUUCCAGAAAAGUGCUUCUGCAGAGGUCUGGAGCUUGACUGCAUUGGCUCCCAACUUCGAUCAGUCCCUUCAGUAUCUACAAACGUGACAAUGAUGUCACUUCAAAGGAACAAGCUGAGGAAACUGAAUGCAGAUAUUUUCAGAAAAUACCACAAUCUCCAAAAGCUAUACUUACAGCACAACAGAAUCCGGCGAGUGUCUGUGUAUGCAUUCCGAGGAUUGUAUAACUUAACAAGACUAUAUUUAAGUCACAAUAAGAUAACCUUUCUGAAGUCAGGCUUAUUCCAAGAUCUUCAUAAACUUGAAUGGCUAAUCAUUGAAAAUAACAAAAUUAACAGGGUCUCCUCUUCAACUUUUUCUGGGCUGAGCUCACUUGUACUUUUGAUGUUGCUGAAUAAUUCUAUCAGUUACCUACACGACAAGCCCUUCUGUCAAGAAAUGCCUAAACUGAACUGGGUAGAUAUGGAAGGAAAUUACAUUCAGAGUGUUGGGAAUGUCACAUUUUCUUCAUGCAACAUGCUAACAGUACUGGUGCUGCAAAGGAACAGAAUCAUUCAUUUGCAUGAGAAUGCAUUCUCACCUCUACACAAACUGGGGGAACUAGAUUUGUCAAACAACAGGAUUCAAACCAUACCUCCAAACCUAUUUGUUGAACUUGGUGAGCUGUUACAGCUGAACAUUUCAUACAACCCAAUUGUGGAGUUACAAGUGGACCACUUUGAUUACCUGAGUAAAUUAAAAUCACUCAGUAUAGAGGGCAUUGAGAUUGGAAACAUACAGAGAAGAAUGUUUGAGCCUUUGAAAAACUUAACUCACAUAUACUUCAAGAAGUUUCAGUACUGUGGCUACGCCCCUCAUGUGCGAAGCUGUAAGCCCAACACUGACGGCAUUUCAUCCUUCGAGGACCUGCUGGCUAACAUUGUGCUGCGAGUCUUCGUCUGGGUGGUCUCGGCCAUUACCUGCUUCGGAAACAUCUUUGUUAUCUGCAUGAGGUCUUACAUCAGAUCUGAGAACAAGUUACAUGCCAUGUCCAUAAUGUCUCUCUGUUGUGCUGACUGCUUGAUGGGGGUAUAUCUCUUUGUCAUAGGCGCCUUUGACGUCAUGUAUCGGGGGGAGUACAACAGACAUGCUCAGUCAUGGAUGGACAGUACACAGUGCCAAAUUGUGGGGUCCUUGGCCAUGCUGUCCACAGAAGUCUCUGUGCUGCUUCUGACUUAUCUGACUUUGGAGAAAUACAUCUGCAUUGUUUACCCAUUUCGAUAUCUUACACCCAGGAAAUGUCAAACAGUUACUACCCUGACAGUCAUUUGGAUCCUGGGUUUUGGGAUUGCUUUUGUCCCGCUGAUCAACAAAGACUUUUUCAGGAAUUUCUAUGGCACCAACGGGGUUUGUUUCCCACUGCACGCAGAGCAGACAGAGACAGCUGGGGCUCAGGUGUACUCUGUGGUUAUCUUCCUAGGUCUGAACUUGGUGGCUUUUUUAAUAAUAGUAUUUUCUUAUGGAAGCAUGUUUUACAACAUUCAACGAACAGGCACAAAAGCAACAGAAUACAGUAAUCACAUUAAAAAAGAAGUGACCAUCGCCAAGCGCUUCUUUUUCAUCGUAUUAACAGAUUCACUUUGUUGGAUACCUAUUUUUAUCCUCAAGGUUUUAUCAUUGCUGCAUGUAGAAAUACCAGGUUCAAUAAGUUCCUGGGUGGUUAUUUUCAUUUUGCCAAUCAACAGUGCCCUUAACCCAAUACUCUACACAUUAACAACCCGUCCAUUCAAGGAAAAAAUACAUCAAGUUUGGUACAACUACAGGCAACGAAGAUCAUUUACUAACAGCCAGCCCACAUACACUCCCUCCUUCAUGUGGUUGGAAAUGUGGCCAGUACAGGAGACAACUCCUGCACUAUCUACACCUAAAUUCACGACAGACCCCUCUGAAAUGUUAUAUAAUAAUUCUGGGAAGGUUGAAUUGUUGCCUAUAAAAAGCAGUAAUGGGACUUGAUUUGAUAUCGAUUUUUUUUUUUUUUUUUUUUUUGGUAAAUUAUUACAUAUUAUUGUAUAUUGUUAAGUGAACUGAAGCUUUCACUUAAAAGCUGAUCUCAGGUGUAUCUGAAAAUAAUCUUCUGUUGAAUAAAAUGCAAUGAUUAUUUUGUUUUCAGUGCAGACAAAAAUAGAAAAUCUUAAAAAAAAAAAAAAAAAAGAUU